AAAUUUUCCCGCGCGCCUCCUUCCACAGCACAAGCGCACGCGAGAAAAGCGUGUAUACAUGUACCGCUUGUGCCGUGUGGGGUGAAAGAUAAAACGAGCGAAAAGCACGCACGGGAAAAACUGCGGAAAAACUUGGCGGCUGCGUUAGUGUAGCAGAGCGUGUAGCAUCGUCAACGCUAGGAGCGUUCGGUUCGGUGCAAUUGAGUGAACAGGGAAAGAAGUGGGGUCCUUUUAUUUAAUCUCUGUAAGGAUUUGGUGUAUUCCCUCCCUGUUAGUGCAUCGAAGGUCUGCCCGGCGGCCAAUGGUGGCUUUGUGAAUGUCCUGCUGUGUGAAGAGUGAGUGAGCAAGAGAGAAAGUGAAAAUUAGUGUGAGUGUACUAUGUGUAUGUGUGCGUGUGCGCGUCGAUGGCACUAAGUUGUGUCUAACACGUGCGUUCUUGGUGGUGUGCGUGCUCACCUGGGUAAUUUACUCAAGCCUUCAGCACCGACAGCAGUGAAGACACAUCGCUAGUGUCACGAAUUGAGAAAUCUGUACACUAAGUGCGCUUUCGGCGGGUAGUGAAUAAAAUAAUCCAUUUUUUGCAACAGAACACAAUACGGAAGGAACGCUGCUUCGAUGGGGAACAUUCACACCGUUGGACCGAACGAGGCCCUCAUCGUAUCAGGUGGUUGUUGUGGCUCCACGAAGAAACGUACCAUUGUCGGCGGUUGGGCAUGGGCCUGGUGGUUGGUAACCGACGUCCAGCGCCUCUCGCUGGAGGUGAUGACGCUGAAUCCCAUGUGCGAAAUGGUUGAGACGGCCCAGGGUGUCCCACUGACCGUAACCGGAGUGGCACAGUGCAAAAUCAUGAAGAUGAUGAACGUCUAUUAUUUUCACCACCAGGCCGACGAGCUGCUUGGCACGGCGAGCGAGCAAUUUUUGGGCAAAUCGGUAAAGGAAAUCAAGAUGACAAUCCUGCAAACGCUCGAAGGUCACCUGCGAGCGAUUCUUGGAACGCUUACAGUCGAGGAGGUGUACAAAGACCGCGACCAGUUCGCGGCACUGGUGCGCGAGGUCGCGGCCCCUGACGUCGGCAGGAUGGGCAUCGAGAUAUUGUCCUUUACGAUCAAGGACGUGUACGACGAUGUCCAGUACCUGCAGUCGCUCGGUAAGGCGCAGACGGCGAGCGUGAAGCGCGACGCUGAUGCGGGUGUUGCCGAGGCUAAUCGUGACGCCGGCAUACGGGAGGCCGAGUGCGAGAAGAGCGCCAUGGACGUCAAGUACUCAACCGACACCAAGAUCGAGGACAACGCACGCAUGUACAAGCUGCAGAAGGCAAACUUUGAUCAGGAAAUUAACACGGCGAAAGCAGAAUCGCAGCUCGCGUACGAACUGCAGGCUGCCAAAAUUCGUCAGCGCAUCCGUAACGAGGAAAUUCAGAUCGAUAUCGUAGAGCGCCGCAAGCAGAUCGAGAUCGAAACGCAGGAAAUCAAUCGCAAGGAUUGCGAACUGAACGCCACGGUGAAGCUGCCGGCGGAGGCGGAGAGUUACCGCGUGCAAGCGAUUGCUGAGGGCAAACGCACGCAAACGGUCGAAAGUGCACGGGCCGAGGCAGAGCGCAUCAAGAAGAUCGGAUCGGCGGAAGCGUACGCCAUCGAGCAGGUCGGAAAAGCGGAAGCGGAACGGAUGCGUAUGAAGGCGAACGUAUACAAGAUGUACGGCGAUGCGGCCAUCAUGAAUAUCGUGCUCGAAUCACUGCCUAAGAUCGCAGCUGAAGUUGCGGCGCCAUUGGCGAAGACAGAAGAGAUCGUUCUGAUCGGUGGCAACGAUCAAACGACGGGCGAUGUGACGCGUCUCGUUGGACAGCUGCCUCCAGCCAUCAAUGCCCUGACCGGGGUUGACCUAUCGAAGGUGCUGGGCAAGAUACCCGGGGCGAAAGCAUAAUAAGGCGAACAGGCGAACGCAUGAAACCCCGACAUCCUGGGCACGACAUCUUGAAAGCAAAAGUGCACUCACUCUAGCGAACACAGACGAACGAAACUAUGCUUCUGUCUCAUAACGUCACUGUUAGGAAGACGAGCGGAAGAAAACGAACUAUCUCUUUUGCAGCGUUUACCUUCGGUACCGUACAGAACGAAAUCUACCAGUCCAUCUACUACAGCAACCUCGAUCGAUAUUUCUAUGAUAUUCUUAUUACACUUGCAUCACUUUGCUGCGCAGUUAUUGCAACGUGAAUCUUGAUUACAUUAUCGUUUCAUGGUUAUGGGAUCUAUUGCUUUUAUUCUACGUUUUAUUUUAGUUUUUGCCUUCCGUUACAUGUUAAUUCUUUUGUAUUGCACACGAUGAUUGAACGCAAAGCAUUGCGUUCGGUAGCCUGGAAAUGCACGAGACGAGAUCGCCGCGGCCGCGUCCAACGUGUAUAAUAGUUCAAGCGUCAAAUCCUCCAUACUUGCUAUCACGCUCGCUAUUCCGCUGAGGUACUCAACUUCAGCAUUUCAGCGUUUCCGCGCUAGCCGGUAGCCGUAACUGGAUUGAUAACCGAGCUAUACGCGUUUGACCGCGGCUGCGGUGAACUUGCUAUUUCUAGCCUUAUUCAGUUAGAUAGUUUUCUGUUUUUGUUUUUCUCACUUGACGUAACGAAUAUCCUGUUUAAAGCAUGCCAUAUAUUGGCUUGCUAAUAUUAACUACUGUGUUUAACACGCUAGACCAGUCAGACGAAGGGUCGAUCCCCCGCACCAGUGCGUGAAUCAAAAGAGGCCAAGAGUCCUCAGCACACCCGUAUGGGAUCGACUGGAACUGGAGCGAACACUUUCUCUAUAUUCUUUUCGCAUGCUGCAAUAUCAUGUUAAUCACUAGGGUGAGGGAUAAAUUGGUUUCAAAAAAAAAUUAUAAACAUCACAUUUAUUGAGUUGCGUACUCCAUAUAACGCAAGAUUUCAAACCUACUUUAUAUCGCUUCUUUAUCGCCAGAAUCGUUGCAAGUGAAGCCACAAGCUUAAAUCGUUCUAAUGGUGAUGAUGCUGAGAAAAUUAAUAGAUUUCCUUGAAUUUAUCUCAAACAAAUUAAAUGGUUUUCUAUAGUUUGAUGCAAGAACAAAACAUUACACAAUUUAAAAAGAAACACCAACGUAAACAUAAUUUCUCAAAUAGAUACAUCUUUUCGAAAACGGAGAAAAAAGAUAAACGACAAAUUAUACGCAAAACGAACAAAAAUCUAGAGGACUCAUGUCGCAAAAAGAACAAUGGAAUUCUGUGUUCAGUUUUGGAUCAACAUUAUAUUGUAAAGCCUGUCCAAACAAGUUGAACCUUUAAAGAAAAUUUGAAGUAAAAUAUUAAAACAAAACGCGUUGAGCAACAGUUAAAACAAUUGAGGAGGUUAGUUCUAGGCAAAUUGAAUUCCGUUUCUUAGCGACAUUUAUGAAGAAAAAAUAAAUAAAACAGCUUUGUUCGUACUAUUAAUGUAAAAAAUGAAAUUUUCACCCAAGUUUUGUACAACAAUUGUAGCAUAUUAAUUUCGAAAAUUUACCAUCGCAGGAAUUAUUUUUCUUUCUCGGAUUUUCAUUCAAUACGGUCAGUAAAUUCGUUGGUGGGUGGUAAAUUCCGCAAUGAAUCCAGGACUAUUUACACAUUCGUACGCGUUGCCCUGCUGUAAAGUGUGCAAACCAAAUGCCUACCAACAUUUUUGUUGCUUCUCAAAGACUAUACUAAGAAAUGGAGAAAAGUCCACCAUCCAUAUUUACUAGCAAAGCCACAAAUAAACAAAUUUCUCCAACUAUAGCAGCGGUUCGGCCGACGGGUCCGGGACAGGAAGAUAGUAUACACACAACACUACUUACAUCUGUAUAAAUCCCAUACUAUCAUAUGCAAGUAGCGAACGUAACACAUACACAACUACAGAUACACAAACAAGAAAAAGAAAACAAACCUCGAUUUUGACAAUGUUGUAUAAUAUAACGAUAAACGAAACAAAAACCAAAAACGUUUUUCCUCUUCCACCAUUCUCGAGAGUACAUUUAGUGCGCUUCGUAAGAUUCCUAGCUCUAUGAUAACAAAAACUAUACAUAUAUAAAGCAAAUCUCUCCUUACAGUGAAGUUAGAAAUGUCGUGUAACGCAACUUCCUGUCUUGCUUGAUGCCCAAUGAUUCCUUUCUAAACAGUAACAAACAAACUGAAAAUAAAUGUUGAAAGAAGAAGAAAGAGUAUGAACCACAUAGAACGAACAACAGACCAGUGUAGACAUCGUGUAUCGUAAAACACUCACAGACAGACACAGGAAAACAUGAAUCACGUCGAAGGAGCACACAGUGAAGGGUAGCAGCUACAGUAGUAACAGCAGUAGUAGAAGUAGAACAAACAAAACGGAGCAGCGUAACAAAGAGAAACAACGUACCCAGAAACAAACAAAACAAAAAAGAAUCAGAAAAGUGUAUAUUUUUUAUACUCCUUAUACGAAGACGUGAUUAUUGAAAGAGUAGACAAACCGACGAACGAAAGAAACCAUAAAAGGCAAAGAAUAGAGAAGGAGCAAAUACAAAAGGAACAAAACAACAAAUAACACAACAACAACAGUAGCAACCAAAAUAAUCCACACACACACAUAUACACACACUCACACAACAGCGUCAUUUGCAUGUGAAGCAAUGUCAAUGUAGUGAAGCAGAGCAAAAUAGGCUGUAACAUGAUAGAAAUGAUUCGUAGUGUGAUGAUGAUGAUGAUGAUGAUGAUGAUGAUGAUGAUGAUAGCGAGCAGCGAGAGAUACCACAGUGCUUGACAGAAGUAAGGCGAAGGACGAAACAGUGUCUAACAAAAUCACAUACACCAUCUAGACAAAUAUUCAGUGUGCGUGUGCACUAGAAGAAAAUCAAGUAAAUCGAGUACAUUAUUGAUUUUUGCAUGGCAUGAAAGGAGGCAUACAGUAACAGCCGAUUGAUCGAUGGGGAAAGCUCCCGUGCUCGUGUUCAAGUUUUUUUUUCUGGAACCGUUCUACAGUGGCAUGUGUGUAUGUAUGUGUAAUGAUAUUGAGAUUGCAUUUAAUGAGCCAACAGUCCAAACGCUCCAUUAUUAUGUUUGUUCAACAACUCACUUUUUUGCAGGUGUAAUUCAGGGGGGGAAAUUAAUCAGUGAAAGUGACAACAUCCCACAAACAAAUACUAUAACCAAUAACAAACACCAUAGACACAAGUGGAAAUCAACAAUGAAAAAUGUAAACAAAGAACCAGAUAGAAUGUUACCAAGCAAUGAAAAUUGAUAAACGUACAGGAAACAUAAACAAAAAACAAAACAAAUGAAGAGAAAUGAGAAAAAAGUAACACAGCAAAACCAUACAAGUAAAUUAAACGAAAUACCGUUCGACAAUGAAAAUUAAAAAAAAAACGGAACACACGCAGAAAGGAGAAUCGAACAACAAUAGAGUAAGAAAAGUAACAACGUGCAACGCAAGAAGAAGAUAAAAUCUAUAGCAAAUGGCGGCAUUAUAAACAACGGUCAUUAUAACGACUACAACAAAAUCGUAAACGGGAGUAAAUCGAAAACAAAACAAACCAAACGCAUUCUAAACACACAAUUUAUAUAAUUUCCACGUAUAAAAAUAUUGUAAUCUAGCACAAUAAGAGCAUUUAGGGCGAGCGAAAAGACCAGAUUGUAGAGACAGGUGCAGGUGCUCUUGAUGUGUAAUUUAAGACUCGGAAUCAUCAGAACACCGUUCUCUCGAUCGUGUGCGUCCAGUCCAUGCAUGAAAGCGCGUAAACUCGUUUGUGUGAGCAAUGUAUGUCUGUUUUGAUGUUUGAUUGUUUCACUGUGCAAGUCGAUUUUGUCACGAAAAUAUCAAUAGUAACGUUGUACCCCGUUCACGUCAUCCAAAAUCCCGAUCGACCCCGAUUUUAAUACGCUCGUACAUACAGUGUUUGCUAUAGAUAUUUGGUUGUUUGCCAUUUUUUUUUAGGUUUAGCUCCCGGUUUAUUGAUCGUUUCCUGCAUAUUUUUGAAUCGUAUACUAUUUAAUGGCACCCCCAUUGAAAAUCAAUACAAAUGAUUCAAACAAUAAAAUCUGGGAAACGCUCCAUAAAUCUUAGGACGAACCCCAACACAAAAUUGGGGAAACCAAAUAUUCUUGCGAAGCGAACAAAAAAGUAUGGGAAAAUCCUGCAAUUGUCCAUUAUCGGUUUCGUACUCACAGUGCAGCGGAGAAAGUAUUGAAUUGAUAAACCAUGUUUUGUUUUCUCUGUUUCUGUUUUGGUCUACUAUCUUUGCUGCGUGACAGCGCUAUGAUUAAUGAAAACGCCUUUCGGGUGGGACAUGAAAGCGUCUAUAAAACACUCAUGUCAAAGAAAAUCGUUAACAAGAUAAUAGAAAACAGAAAAGCGUAAAAUAGGAGGAACACAAUACAAUACGACGAACAUAAAUGCGAAUAUGAUUUCAAAACGAAAUCAAUAACAAACAGACAUGCGCGCGUACAAAUGAAAAGCAGAAACGAUCAAAUAAAACCAAGACAGUCGCACCUUUCCCCUUCACAUCGUCCCAUCCCGUCCCAUUGCACCUCCACUCUAGGCUAGAAGAUUUGCUCCGGAUGCAUUAGUAAUCUCGAAUUAGUGUCAUGUUGAUUAUAAUCCAUUUCGCGUGAUGAAAGCCCCGAAUGUCACAUAAAAGAUACCAUCAAGUGUACGGUGGGAGGCAGGAAAUAUUCACAACUCACGAAUAACAAUCGGUUCAAUGGUCAGUAAAAAAAAGUCCCUUAACACUGCGUAAAUCACAAUGUAAGCCCCUUCCGACCCAACUAACCAGCAACACACACACACACACUUAUAUUAGCCGGCGACAGCGGUGUGUAUGAAUGAUGCAAGAUGAUGUUUUCUGAUUUCAAUAAAGUAUAACUGAAGCGAUCAAUAAAUGUAA